GGCCGGCCCGCGGAGACUCGUCCUGUCCCGUGGUCCCCGCGCGAGUAGCCCCGGCUCCUGAGCCGAGCACCUGCCCGGCGGUGAAGGGCUCGAACCUCCGGGACCCGCGCCGGCUGACGCGGAAAAGUUGCCGCCGGCCGGCCGCGCGACACCGCAAGCGCUCGCUUCCUUUCCGUGUCGGGGUGACAGGGCUCUGGGCUUGGGAUUGGGACUGCGUUUCCCACCGGUUUGCCUCGAGCGAGCGCUCACGUAUGAGAAAGAGAACCGCCAAAAGGAGUGAGUGAUGCUCAGUGACCUGCGCUCAGGCUGGACGCUCGCGCCUCGGGACUCCUACAGGAACAUUGCGCUAGCUCCUGGGAGCAGCUUUGCAUCUCCUUAGUGCUCCUCUGCUUCAACUGCUCAAGCCAGCUGACCUCGAAUGGCUACCCAAAGGAAACACUUGGUGAAAGACUUCAACCCUUACAUCACCUGCUACAUCUGUAAAGGCUAUCUGAUCAAGCCCACGACAGUGACGGAAUGCCUCCAUACAUUCUGUAAGACCUGUAUUGUCCAGCACUUUGAAGACAGCAAUGAUUGUCCAAGGUGUGGCAACCAAGUUCAUGAAACAAAUCCAUUAGAAAUGUUAAGGCUGGAUAACACGUUGGAGGAAAUUAUCUUUAAAUUAGUGCCUGGACUACGAGAACAAGAACUUCAGCGUGAGUUGGAAUUUUGGAAGAAAAACAAACCUCAAGAAAAUGGGCAAGAUGAUAUUUCGAAGGUUGACAAGUCUAAAGCAGAUGAGGAAGGUGAUGAAAACCAAGAUGAUAAGGACUAUCAUAGAAGUGACCCGCAAAUUGCUAUCUGUCUGGACUGUUUACGAAAUAAUGGGCAGUCAGGGGACAACGUAGUGAAGGGUCUCAUGAAGAAAUUUAUUCGCUGUUCUACACGAGUUACUGUAGGAACUAUUAAAAAGUUUCUAAGUUUAAAACUAAAACUUCCAAGUUCUUAUGAGUUGGAUGUGCUGUGCAAUGGUGAAAUUAUGGGAAAGGAUCAUACUAUGGAAUUCAUCUAUAUGACAAGAUGGCGACUAAGAGGAGAAAAUCUUUGCUGUCUGAACUGUUCAGCCUCGCAAGUCUGCUCUCAGGAUGGCACUUUGUACCAGUCAUACCCGAUGGUAUUGCAGUAUCGACCGAGAAUUGAUUUUGGGUAGGCCCAGCCCAGGCUGAGCUGAAUGAAUCCUGCACUAUUUGUUUACUCGUCGACAGAUUGCACAGUGAAUGGUGUGUGGACUUGAGAGACACAAUCUGAUUUCAGCAUGCACAUAAGGCCAUUGUCUGUCUGAGUUGUCAGCGUCCUUCAUGUUCUGCCUAUUAGGAGCGAUCCAAGUGCCCUUCUGCUACUGACCAUCUGCAUAAGAUACUCGUGCCGUCUCCUCGGUGUGCAAGGUGCGGCUGAAGUGAGUUAGGUGUCCAGCCGUGUCUGCUUUCUCAGUGUUCCGCUUGCCUGUUGCAAGAUUGUUCUAAUGUUAAUUACACUAGUAAAAUGGCUCAGUCCUUGUGGUGUUGCAGUUUUCACAUAAUUAAUACUUUUAUUCUUAUUAAAAUAGAGUACUGUACAAGAACCUAGUAUAAUUAUAUCUUGAAAUUAUUUUGUAUAAGAAUAUAUUUAGAAAAGUGGUUUCUGAGCCACUGACCUAUUCUUGGUAAACUUUUAUGUAAAAAAGAAUAAACAACCAAAAAAAAACCCAAAAUGCCAGCUUAUUCUUGAGUGUACAAGUCUUUUGUGAAGAAUUCCAAUUAUUUUUUGACCAGAGCACAUUGCAGUUGGAGAUGUCCUAAACGUCUGGGUAGUCUACCAUUGCACAGGAAAUUGCUUUAGGCCUUCAUGUUGAAACAUACGUCACUUGGACAACUGAAAUUCAAAAUGUUGACAGCUGAUCAUAUCGACUUCUAAUAAAAUAAAUGUGUAAGUACAUUAACAUUUGUUACUGUCUUAGGCAAGUGAGUGCUGUCUAGCCAAUGUUGUGAGUACAUCAUUGUGUCAUUGGCAUUUUAUGAAAGCGUUGCUUUUUCAGUUGACCUUAGGUGUGUAUCGUGGAAUGCCGAGGGUUAUAUAAGGUGACUUUAAAUACUAGGAUUUUUAGAUAACAUUCACCCUUUUAUGGACUUCCAAACAAUCUCAGAUUGUUAGCUGAGUAUCACAUUUCCAAACCAUAUGCACAAAACAAAACAAACAACGUACAGUAGAUAAAUAUGCCGACCAAAACUAGUGGUGUGGGGAUGCUGUUAUUUUAAAUACUGUAGUAACCAGGGGAGGUGGGAUUAUUGUUUUAACUGAGUUCAUUAAAGGUGAGUGGAUUAGAAGUCAGAAAUAUGCUGAUGCCCUUGAUGUCGGCAGUUUGGUUUAGUCUUCAUUCAUUUUGAAAUUAGCCUGCAAGUCAAACUCCCCUAAUACCUUACUACAUGAAAAGCCUUUUAGAGCUUGUAAAAUACAUAGUUGUUUCAAAAAAGGAAAAGAAAACUGGACUAUGUCUGCUGGUUGCUUUGAAAUGAGCUGAGUUCUGAGAGAAAGAGAGAAAUUAGACAAACGGCAUGUUUUAGAACUCAGAUAAGAGCACCGUGGGUGGGGUCCACAAGUCGGUAUUUCCACACCAUGAACACAGUUGUUUGUGUUCUCCAGUAAAAUAUUUCACAAGUUCGUGCUUCUGAGUUCCAGAGUACUUCCUAGAGGUGGACAUUGUACAGCUCUGAGAAGCACACAGAAUACAGUUCCAUCUUGGCUUAUUUCAGAAUAUAAAAGGCUGGAAAUUUAUUAUUAUUUUUCCUAACAUUUUUUUCAAGUCAAAAAGUUUGUAUUAAAGUUGCUGCAUUAGAAGGCCACAGCAAUCAUCUUGUUGGAUUGGAUGUUUCUCAUGAGCAGGAUUUAAAAGAAAUUUAAUUUACUCUAAAAUGUAGAGAAAACCAUAACACUUGGCAAAAACUGAGUUUAUUAUCUAACUACAGAAAUUAUAAUUCCUAGUUAUCCUUAAGAAAAUGUUAAAGGUCUUACAAUUCAUCACAUUUAGAUGAAUGUGUUUUACAUAUGAAGGUUAAUUUUAAUUAAGUCAAAAUCAGUUUUGAAAGCCACAUGCUAAGAGUUGGUUAUUUGGCUCCUCAACCAAAAUUUAAGGCCAUAGGUGAAUUUUAUAUACAAGGUCUCUUUAAAUUUUGCUUGUUGCCUGAUCACAUGUAAUGACUUUUUUCCGAGGAGUACGCAGGAAACAGCAAUCAGAAUGCAGUUUUAUAACAAUUCUUUUAGUGUUACUACAUUGAUGUUUUCACUGAGAUGCAAUAGACUAGGUGCCAAAGCAGAGCAUUAAGGCCGUCUGCGUCCUAAGGGAGGGAACAUGAGUAAUGUGUAAUGUGUUGCUGGUGGAAUUGGGCUGCUUCAGCCUCCCUGGUCUGCUAUACCCACCAGGUGUGCAGCACUUGCUUGUCUGGUGUGAUAUGCACUGAACCCCACUCGGUUACCCUUGUCUGGAACCCACAAACAAGCACUGUAGUCAGCGUUACAUAUGCAGGGUUGCUAAAAACACCCCCGCCCCUGGAGUUUAAAUCUCCAGGAAUAACUAUCUGAAUCUACAAACAAAAGAGCAAGUCAGUUAUUCUUCAAUCUUGUCCCUUAAGCAAAAAACUAAAGCACUCUACUCCAGAAAAGAUUUGGUUACCUGUUUUGCCUGCCUUAAAAAUCAGACAUAAAAGGACCUUGAAAUCUUCACCUGUGGUCAAUAAGAAUCACUUUAAAUUGCAGUAAUGACAUCACUUAAUAGAUAAAAAUGUCCCUUUCUCUAAAUUAGAAAUACUAAAGGUUCAUUGAUGAGAUUACAUUAAACCUGAGGUCUGGGUGACUAGAAUUAUGUCUUUGACAGCUUUUAAAACUCCUUACUCACUAGACAUAUGCCCAUACUAAUAUGCCACAUUGUACAAAUGUAGUGAGUUAGCACGAAUGUUCAUUUAAACUUGAGUCCUUAGGAUAAAAGAGCAAGUGUGUGAUUUGCUAUUGUGAGCUGUUCAGCUUUAUUGACUGUAUAAAUUAAAGUGCCUCCUUGCUGAAGUGCAUCUCUGUUUUGGGUUUCCGUAACAAGUCUCCAGUUAUCUGUACUUGUCUCAUAAAUGGUUUCAUAUCUAUAAAUGGGCACUUACAAGGUAAAAUAAUCUUUUUUAAAAAGAGUUUUGUAAGACUAUAGGUAUCACCAAAGACAUUUUACUGUUAGUAACCAUGUUAGAUAGAGACAGUUUGGGCAGUCCAGACGAUGGAAGCUGUUACAUUGUAACCUGAUUGUACAUAGGCAAUAGGAACCUUGAUUGGUUACUAAACUAUUACAGUGAAGAAGGCACUAGAGUGAGUUUUCUUGGAACAGUCAAAUGUGUUUCUUGCUACAGUGCGCAUGUCUCCCUUCAGAUACCUUCACUGGUUUGCUUUGGUUUGGUUUUUUGUUUGUUCAUUUUCAGCACCGUCUGGCGGGUCUUAGGAAAUCCUCAAAUAUGAGAAAAAUAAACAAUACAAAUAUCCUCCCCAUGAAAAAUGGGAGAAAUACAAACAUACUAAAAAAAAUUGAAAUUGAGAUUUAAAAUUUUAAAAAGCCUUUUAUUCUGUGGAGGUGGUAUGAAGGGAAUUAUGCCUGUUUAGCUCCAUUGAAGACAGGUUUUAAUUGAAGUCCUGACAGGCCUGCCAGUGUGGCCCACAGGACAGCACUCUGCUGGGUUUGCAUAUAGUAGAAGUACUGACAACUGUGUAGCACACAGUACAUUCUACAGGAUUUACAGAAGUCCUUUUGUUGGUUUUUCCUCAAGGGCCUGUGAUUAUAUUUUCUCUAAGUGUUUCUCAGCAGCCACCUCAUUGUCACUAAACUUAGCCAUGUGGCCAAAUUUUGACAAAAUGGAGCACUGAAAAAUAACCCAGGAUGCCAUUCUUUCUUUUGGGUUGGCAAUCUGCUUCGCACUGCACUGAGAUGAAAUGAGCCCGAGGUAAGCCUCUGCAGAGUGGACAAACCGGCCCAGCCGUCCUGUGUACGCAAGCACCGUACAACUGAGCCCCAUCCCUCAUCCAUCCCUCUGAUUGGGUAGGAAUUCUCUAGAAUACUAAGCUUUACACCAGUAGAAUUGGUAUGAAUUUGCCAAAACUUCUUUUCUAAAUUAGAAUCACAAAACUUGAAAUGCAACUACCAUUGUUUCCAGCAUGGGACUCCUCUGGGGAGCAAUAAGGGACAUGUCUGCUAGAUCUGGGUCAUGAUAAAGUGAACAGUUGUCAAAUGCACUAAAGUCUUCGAAGCACUUCAAAGACCAGAAUCGCCAGUUGUUUGGAUUUACUUGAUAAGCUUUGCUUGAUGUGUUUUAUUAAAACACAAACAUGAAAUUAAAAUGAAACACAAAAUGUCCUUACACAGCAGGGACCUUAGUGUUUUAUGCUCAGUGCUGCUCCUUGGGCCAUUUGAAAGUGCUUUUCUUCCUGGACUAUGAUUUUCCCAGGUAGUAAGUUUACUGGCCAUUGUAUUUUCCAGUAGGUUUAAAAUGUUUGGGCAUUUUCUUCAGAAAAUGAUAAAAAGUUAAAUUUCGAAAUAAUUGCUGUAAAUUCUUGUGCAACUGUAUCUACCCUCAGGCCACUGGUCCAUGAUACACAACAGCAGUUUUCCAGAGAUACAUUAAAUACUAGGUCUAGUUUUCUUCUGUUUUGUAGCACUUGCUAGAAAAAGAACCAACUGUAGCACAAACGAAGACUAGCCAUUCUGGAGCAUCUCUACAAAGCCUAGUGUGUUGACAUAAGUCCAGGAGCAGGCGCUCCUUCUACACAGUCACAUCACUGGAGGUCCGCCUGGCUCUGUUGGAGGCCAUUUUUCUUUUGCUGUCUUGUUCAGAAUGGGGUUGGGGGCCUAAGUGUCCUUAUGAAGCUGUGAUCCAGGACAAGAGCGUGGGGGUGGGGUGUGUGUGUGUUCCUUCACUUUCCUGUGUCUGGCAACUCAACAGCGAUUGUUUCUUAGACUAGCCCUCAUGGUUAUUAAAUCUAGCACAGAAUAUAUUGUAAAGUUACAUUGCUAAUUUUAUUUUGAAAUAUGAACUAUUUUAAGCUUUUUGUCAAAAGUGGUUAACAUCUUAAUACAAAUAAAAACCUUUUUGUGGUUGUAAGAUUUAGCUUAUGAAUCAUUCAAAUUGAAAGAAUUACCAGGUCAUUGUUAAUGACUUAGUCUAUUAAGAAUCUUAUGUAUUUUUGUAAAGGAAAAGCACUUGUAGAUAUUUAAUCAGUACAAGGUCUAUGUCUGUUUUGCAGGAAGAAAAUGCUGCUUAGAGAUUCUCUUUAAAUAUUUUUUUUAUUUUUGUGCUCCUGUAUUUUCUGUUGAUCUUUUGAAUGUUCUGUACAAAAUUGUCUGACUGUACUGUUGAGCUGGAUACAUUUUUUUUUAACUCUGGGCUUAGCUGUGUAUAUUUGACCAUGUUGGAAAUAGUAUCUUUGUUAUUAAAUUUUUGAUUGUA